AUGAUUACAUCGGGCGCCGCUACAACCGCUGCUUCUAUUAUUGACCUAAGGCUUUCACCAACUACAUCAAUACAACGAACGGAAACCGUUCAUCAUCAUCAUCACCAACCUUGUCGUAAAUUAGGCAGUCAUACUUUAAACAAGACUGAUGAACAUUGUCGUUCGUUAUUCAGUCUUUUACCAACAUCAUUACGUUCUUAUCAUCGUCAAACAUUGAAUAAGAAAGGCAUUGAUGCUUCAACAACAACACAAUUAUCUCCAACAAUUGAUAUUAUUGGAAGUGAUUGUGAUUCUGAUUACAUGUCCCAAAUAUUUCUAAAUCGUACAUCAUCUUAUGCAUCAUGUUAUUCAUCUAUUCCAACUAAUAUGCCUAAAACAAACCUUAAUCGAAAUGGAUCCAUUGAAAACUUAUUAUAUGGUCAUUCAAAAUCAAACCCGGCUAAUGUCCGUGUAAUUGUACGAAAAAAUUUUGAACCAUUUGCUCAAGCACAUAUUGCUGUUCGAAAAGGUACAAUAGUAACUGCAUUAUUUUCACGUGGACCAUGGCUUUAUAUCCAAAUAGAUUUAACAGGAAAAACAGGUUACAUUCCACGUAUAAUAUGUUCAUUAUAUCAAAAUCAAUUGCUCGUUAAUAAUCUUUCAAUAUCAUCAACAGAUUCAUCAUUAAUCAAAGAUGAUGAAACAAAAACUGACAAAUAUUUAAAUUAUCCAUCUAAACAACAAAUCAAUCGAUAUUUAUCUCAUAGUUCAGCAAUAAUUGAUGAUACGAAACAACGAUUAUCAAAACUUUAUUUUGAUGAACGUGAAAGACGUAAUACAUAUACAUUACCAAUUUCCUCACGAAUAAAUUCGUCAAAAGAUCGUCGUUUAACACUUAGUUCUAUUAAUUGUCCUGCAACAAUAACGAAACAAGAAUCAAGUAAUUUAACUAAUGAUAUAAUAACAGUAAUAACACGUGAUACAGAUUCAUCAAGUACACAAGAUUCAGGUUAUUCAGAUUCAACACCUUUUUUUCUCGUACAACAAGCAACACCUGAAAAUGAACAAUCACCAUUAUAUUCAAUAAUAAAUCUAUCAAAAAAAUCCAAUGCAAUACCACAUUAUGCAACUGUACGAAGACGUUCAUCACUUCUUAAAGUUCCUGAUCCAAUAAAACCAAUAAGUCAAUCUCAUAUAAAACAAACUCAAAAUCAUCGACAAACACUUCUCAAUGGUAAAUCAAUGAAUGAUAUGAUAAUAAAUGACUCAACAAAACGUCAUUCAUUUGGUGAAAAUUUUAAUACAAAAAUUUCAACAACUAAUUCAAAUCGUCGUUUACCUGAAUUUGCUCUUAUACGAAAUGUUCAACGAGAUAAAACUCAAGUACAACAACAACAAAAAAUCAAACCAUCAAUAAAUAAUCUACCUAAAAGUCAUAUACAAAUUCCUGCUAGUAUUUUUCUUAAUCAUCAUCGACAAAAACAACAAUUUGGUAGUUCACAUAGUGCUUUUCGACCUGUUCAACCAACAUUAAAACAUAAACGAGCAUCAAGUGAAGGACAUUCACCAUCAAUAUCAACAUCAUCAUCACCACCACUAACAUCAUCAUCAUCAUCAUCAUUAUCAUCAUCGAAUUCAUCUAUAAAUAAUGAUUGUCAAACAUCGAAACGAAGACGUUUAUCAAUUGAUUUACCUGUGCCAAUAUUAUCAGAAUUAAAAUCAAAUAGUUUAACACGUUCUGUUUGUGAUCAAUCAUCAUCAAAAAAUUUAAAUCAAUUUUCUCGUACAAUGAGUGAUAUUCUAUGCGAUCAAUUUAGUGAAAUAAAUAUUGAUGCUAUUGAAAAAGACUCACUUGUUCAUCAUCAUCAACCGAAAAAAUUUCAUAAAUCACAGCAUUGUCUAUUUACAAUAUUAAAAGAUUAUCGAAGUUCACGUGCAUCAUUUUCAGUUAAACGUGGUGAUUAUGUUUAUAUACUUAAACAAGUUGGUCGAGCAUGUUAUCUUGUACGAAAACAAACUAAUGGACAAAUUGGUUUUAUACCAAAAGCAUUAAUAGCACCAACAACAUCCACACAAGUUGAUACUUUUCUUAAAAUGCAUGAAUAUCGUGAGACAAUCAUUUAA